AAAAAGUUUAUUUGAUUGAUACAUGUCAAAAUCUCAGCAACUGAAACGAUAAACACUUGAUUGCUUUGCUCUCAUUCUUCCAAUCCUUAUUUUGUAUUAACCCCAAUUUGCAGAAAUGUCAUAAAGUUUGUGGCAGUGAAGCGAAAACUGUGGCCAAAUGUUGUAUUCUUGAAGAAUGAUAAUGACAUAUAAGCCACCUGGAACGGAUAAUGAGUCCAAGCCUUCCACCUUGGAUUUCCAACACUUUUAGCUGCCCGAGGAUCUUCUGUUUGUGAGCAACCCCCCAUUGAUUACAGGCCAUGGCUUACUUUGCUUCCAUUUUCUUUUCUUUUUUUUUACAAGCUGCAAGUGAAAAGAUGGAAAGAGAUGAAGGAUUGAGGACUUUAGAGUGCUUGAGAGGAAGGCUUCUUGCAGAGAGACAAGCUUCAAAGACUGCAAAAGAAGAUGCUGAACUUAUGGGAAAUAAGGUAAUAGAACUUGAGAAAAAACUCAAAGAAGAGACCAAAGUAAUGAACAAAGCUGAGAAGAGGCUCAAACUGUUGAGGAAGAAGCUUGAGUCCCUCAAGUUAGUGCCAAGUUUGGAAGAAUCAGAGCACCCUGCAGCAGUUUCUUGUGUUUCAUCCACAAGCAGUUCAGGUACCAAAAACCCAGAAAGAACAGCUUCCAAGUCUCAAAAUGCAGUUCCAGGAAUUUCAAAAAAUAUGGAGGAAAAUGCAUCAGACACCACUACAUCUAUACCAAGCUUUAAAAUUUCUUUCAGCAGAGAAAAUUCUUUUUCUUCACUUGAAAACUCCAGUUUUAAAUCAAGUUCAGUCCAUGAAGAUCCAAAGGUUGAUGACACAAGGACAAGCUCUUCAAGCCUGAAAGCUUCAACAAUGGAGAUUGAUAUGAAUGGAAGAAAUGAGAAGUAUGAGGAUGAUGAUUAUGUUGAUAACUCAUUGGCAUUGGUUCCUCUAAUCCUACCAGAAACCAAGGUGGCCCCUCAGAUAAAGGUAGUGAGCAGAAGUAUAGGUGAAGUUCUUGAUACACUAAGGCAAGCCAAGGGAAGAAUUCAGAGCUCAAUGGAGAGAAGACAAAUGAUUAGGGUAGGGCCUUCUUGAAUUCAUGCAAAGUAAACAGUAAUUAUGGUGGCAUUUAGAUAAAUAAAAUACAAAGUGACAGAUGUUCUCUCGCGCAUUGUAUUUAAAUUUGUGCCUUAAUCAAAUCGUUUAGUUGGUACAAAGUUUUAGUAUAGCAUGUGAUGUGGGGAUGUCAUGUGACCCUCCAUUGACUUGGGUCCCAAACCUUACCCACUUGCACUUUAGGUUGGUUUGAGUUUGAAUAGCAACACAGAGUCUUAUCUGGGUUUCUGUUUAUUCUGUACGCUUGUCUUCAAUGUACCGACAGUGUAUAUGUUAGUGAAUCAUAUUAAAUUACACACUAAUUAGUAAUUUUAAAAAUAAAUGUAAUUAUUAUAGUUUUUAGGAGUUUGUAUUCA